AUGUAUCGCCACCUAACAGAACCACCAAAAGCCUGCUGGAAAAAACCGUUUGUUGGCGUCUGCCAUCCAUUAAAGGAAGCUUGGUAUUAUGAACCGAAAGAUAACACUUGCAAAAUGCUCGCUACUGGCUCGUGUGCUGGUGGCAACAACCUAUUCCCUACAUUAAAACGCUGUAAUAAGGAAUGUAUACCACUGACUCCGAAAAAUUCAGGUGUAUGCCUUCAACGACCCAUCAUUGGCAGCUGUGGUCCUUUACUUGUGUCCUGGUUUUAUGAUGAGUCAAACAAGUUCUGCAGAAUGUUCAACCAUACUAUUUGCGGUGGAGGCGGCAACGCGUUCCUAACGGAACUGAAGUGCCUGUCAACUUGUCGACCAACGAAAAAGCCAAAAGCAGUUUGUAGCUUGACGCCAAAGCCCGGAAGAUGCUUUUUGGGAAAGCGAAGGUGGUACUUCGACGAAAAAAGUAAUAGAUGUGAACUCUUUCUUAAGAAACGCUGCGGAAGUAAUGACAACGCUUUCUCCUCACAAAAGAAGUGCAUGGAAAGAUGUACCUAUAUGAAAGCAGCUUCAACCUGCGUAGACUGCAAGCAAACAAUAACAAAUGAGCUGCCAUCCGUCAAGCAAUCCAGCCUCCCCGGCCAAAACGUCAAUUCUGUUCCUACCUAUAGGCCUCACAAUCUUUCCUAAGCACGCGCCUUUCUGCU